AUGCUCAGAAGGAGCAAUCCUACCAGAGGCCCGUACGCUGCUGGUUCCUGGGUGUUGUACUGGACUAAGAAGUCAUCGCCUAACAGGCUAGCCGCAGGCAAAUGGCAUGGACCUGCCAAGGUCAUCUGUCAAGAGGGGCAGUCAAUAGUCUGGGUUGCUCAUGGCUCCACCAUACUUAGAUGUGCCCCCGAGAAUUUGCGGCCAGCUUCUUUGCGAGAAUGGCAGAACCUGUCCACAUCUGGUUCAGAAGAGUUGUCUUCCCGUGCUGGAGGUGCGAGUACCUUCAUCGACUUAACAGCCCCGAAUCCCGAAGUCCCUAGCAGCCUUUCCCCUGCACCAAUCCUGCGCAGCUCUUCCGAGACCACAGAUGUCGUGGUACCAGUUUCCAUGCCUGGCGCCCCUGCUGCUCAGGGAUCAGAUGCUUCAGAGCUCGAAAUUAAUCAACCUGAACAGGAGCUUACGCCGCAGGUUAGUUCCCAUGAGCCAGAAGCACCUGCCUCCCUUGAUGCGCCAGAGGUUGAGCUCAACUCUGCAGCUCCUUCUGUUUCGGUGCAGCCGACUAGUGAGACUGUGGAGUCUCUGGCUCCAGAUGCCACCAAUAUUCCCGUUCCUGAGUCUGAUGAGGGUCUAGUGUCCGAGACGGUGUUGUUGGCUAGUCAUGUCCUUGAUCCUCUAAGCACCCAGGAUGACCGCCUUGUAGACUUUGUCACUCUCCACACGAGUGAAGAGUUCGCCGGACCUCCACUGGCUGAAGACAACCUUCCUUUUGUAGAAUGCCCAUUGGAAUGUCAAGAGCAUCAGGCCUUUUGCCUCGAAGUGCCCGUCAAGCCCAAGGAUCUCAAAAAGUGGAGCCAGGAGACUUCCCCCGAACAGCUUGCAACUUUGGCUUCCAUAAGCAAAAGGGCCCGGUCUGAAGUGAGUGUUAAGGAUUUAACGCCGCAUGAGUUGUCCCUUUUUGAACAAGCCAAAGCCAAAGAGUUGCAGUGCUGGAUCCAGACUUCAGCAAUCCGCGCUGUGCUUCGCCGACGGUUGAAUCCCGACCAAAUCCUGAAAAGUCGGUGGAUCUUGACUUGGAAAGCCCCAGUGAUGAGAGAUGCGCCGACGCUGUCAAAGGAAGGCAGAUCUUUGGUCCUUCAGACAAUUGCAUCAAGUAAAUUUCCUCUGGGAUCCUUUGACAUCAAGACAGCUUUCUUGAGAGGGAAGGCCGAUGAAAAUAAUCCCUUGGCCAUGGAACCACCCAAGGAGCUCCGUAAACUCCUUAAUCUCCGUGACGAUGAAGUGUGCCAGUUGUUGGGCAAUGCCUACGGGAGAGUUGAUGCCCCACUUUUGUUUUACAAAGAGCUUUCCUCCCAGUUGGAAGCACUGGGAUUUAUUAA